AGAGACACAGACAAACGAAAAACUAUUCCUCCAUUUUUCUUGGAGAAUGAGAUACAAAAAACGUUACCUGGCAUACAUGUAUCAGUAACAUAUCAACUCCCAUAAUUCCAUAACACCGUCACAUGAGAUAACAUACAUAAAUCUAUAGUGUUUGAAAAAUGCAGCAUCAGUAAUCCUAAAGUAUAUGUAUAUACUUUAGAUAUUUAGGUGUUUAGGACAAUCUUGAGAGGGCCUCUAUAAGACCUUUUUCAUGUAGCGGUAUUAUGGCACCCGGUGGAAUUAUGCGAGUCAGAUCAAAAUUCAGAGAAAAUACAGAGAAAAGAAUUGCACUGUAGAGGGUGCCCUGCAAAUCAAAUCAAAGCUCUGCAAAGUCAGAAUGUUUUCUGAAGGUUUAAAAAUGUUGUUCCCAAAGGUUUGAGCGCACUUCCAGCUUUUGACAGUAGACUAAAAAAUUGUGAUGAAAAAACUGUGCAACUGCUACUCUAAGUAAAAGCGUUUUUCAACUGCUACUUCCAAAAGCGCGGAAACCACACAGGCCAAAGGCUUUCAGGGAAAAGUCGUUUGGAAAUGGUCGCACAGAUAAUUAUAUCUGUCACUAUCACACUCAGAAGUGUCCUUGCUAAAAUGUACAUAGAAGUACAUGCUAGACUAUGCGCCCCCUGUCCCUGGAAACAGUGUUUGGGCGUAUCAAGUUACCAGGUCUUUGUUCUACUGUAACUUGUACAUGUAAGUGAAGGGUAACGUAAGAGACCGCUGCAGUAGGCCGGACCAGUCCGUAUAACUGCGUCCAGUCAUGGGUUGUGGCGCGUCUGCUCCAGUCCGACGGGACCACUGGGCCCCCAAUGCGGUGCAUGGGAAUAAAGCCCAGGGGAGAGCCAGCAGCUGGGCUCCCCCGCCCCCCGGGUACGCCCCUAACCAGGGGAACGUCCAGUACGUAAGAUGGCAGCCCCAGGGCCACACAGCCCCUCCACCCCAGUGGCUACAUGCAGGCAUCGCUCCACCCAGGGGACGGCCCCAGGUAGGCCCGGGACAGCGACCUCCUUACGUGCCGUUCCCAAACUUUGUGGCACCCCGUCCACCCCCGGGCAGGAAGCCGUUAGACCACGGCGAAGUGUCGCCAGGUCACCUCCAACCUGGGCAGAAAAUCCGCCCGCGGCCGCAGAAAAUCCGCCCGCGGCCGAGGCCGCGUCCGCCGAGAAAAGAGAGAUACUCACCGCCGAGAAAAGAGAGAUACUCACCGCCGAGAAAAGAGAGAUACUCACCGCCGAGAAAAGAGAGAGACACACCGCCGAGAAGAGACUCACCGCCGAGAAAAGAGAGAGACUCACCCCCUCCCUCACGGCCCGAAACCCCAGUGGUCGUAGAGGCUCCACCAGAGAGAGUACACGUCAAAGCAGCCACACAGGAGAUGACAGAUGUCAUUCGGAGUUGCUUGAAGUCCGGUACGCCGUGGGACGACCCUGACUUCCCCGCAGCUCCAAAGACAAUAGAUCAUCGCGGCAAGGCUAGCAACAAAAUCGAAUGGAAGCGACCACAGGCGCUGGUGGACAAUCCGCGCCUUCUUGUGCACGGAGUCAGCACGGACGACGUGCGUCAGGGUACGCUGGGAGACUGCUGGUUCCUGUCCUCGUGCGCGGCUAUAGCCAGAGAGAGUAAGCUGAUGGCUAAGGUUAUUCCCAAAGACCAGUACCUGUGGAAGGGCGGAGGCCGGUAUGCGGGCGUGGCUCACUUCCGGUUCUGGAGGUUCGGGGAGUGGCAGGACGUGUACGUGGACGACAACCUGCCGACCGUAUAUGGCAACCUCACGUACGCCAGAUGUAGCGAUAAAAAUGAGUUUUGGCUUCCUCUCAUCGAAAAGGCAUAUGCAAAACUGAAUGGAUCCUACGCGGCGCUUAUACAGGGCCAUGCCAACGAUGCCCUGACAGACCUGACUGGAGGAAUAUGUGAAAGAUUCAAAACUGGAAGACAUGAAGAAGAAGUUCUGUACAAAACAUUGCUGAAAGCUCAGAAACGCGGUUCUUUCAUGACGUGCUCCACACAGAGCACGUUUGACGAGGGUAGUAAUGAAGGGUUAGUGAGCGGCCAUGCCUACACCAUCACAGGAGUCGAGAAGAUAAGGAACUCUGGAAAGACCCACAACCUUCUCCGGAUCAGGAACCCGUGGGGCCGCCAGGAGUGGAAGGGAGCGUGGAGUGACGGGUCAUCAGAGUGGCAGAGAAUGCCAGAAAACGUCCGACAGAGGCUUGGUUAUGAGAACAAAGACGAUGGAGAGUUCUGGAUGGAAUGCGGGGAUUUUUGUGAGUUCUACAGAGAGGUCACCAUCGCUUCGCUGGCAGAACACGAGGUUGUUAAAACUGAUGUGAAGUCGAAGUGGGACGUUGCACAGGAAAUAGGAGAGUGGGAGAAGGGUGAAACCGCUGGAGGCUGCCGCAACCACAUGAAAACCUACGCCAAAAACCCGCAGUACCUCUUCACACUGUCGUCUCCAGAUCACUUUGAC